CUCAAUUGCGCUGCGCAUUGCCGUGCGUUUAACCCAGGACAGGAGGAGCAGGAGAAAAUCCCCCCAGAUCCGGGCAGGUCUGUCUGCUUUGGGGCCCCACAACUACAGGUGUGGUGGGAAAGAGCAAACUGUUCCUGCUCCCAGCUGGCUGGCCCUUGCGUGGCUUACAGUCUGCACAACUUGCACACCUGAGCUGAAGAGCCUCGCCUGGACAAGCGCUCAUCCCACUUAGCUAACCAGCUCCAGGGCCCUGGAUCGGAGAGUCACGUCAGCCGUGCCAUGAGCCGAGUUCGCGACGCUGGCUGUGUUGCUGCGGGGAUAGUGAUCGGGGCUAGCGCCUGGUACUGUGUCUACAAAUACGCCAGGGGAAGAAACCAGACCAAGAAGAGACUGGCCAAGCCCAAGACUAGGGCUGUGGCCGGGAAUGGAGCCAGGGCUAAAGCCGGACUCAGAGCUGGUUUCACAAUCGACCUUGGGCCAGGCGUGGGUCCUCCCCCGCCAGUCCGGGUUGAGGCAGAUAGCAGAGCUCAGGACGAAGCCUCCCCUCGAAAUGCGACUGGAGCUGAGAUAUUGGCCCCAGCUGCAGCCAGCCCUGAGGCUCAAAGUGGGGCAGAAAGUCAGGUCCACGAGGGCGAGGGAGUCGGGGUUGGGCUUAAGGCUGAAUCAGUCGUGGGCACAACGGCGACUUCAGCAGUGGCACCUCCUGGGGAGGCAGAGGCUCCCGUGGCUUCAGAAGCCCCCACAACUGCAGGGGUUCCCAAAUUCGCAGAAUCCCCUGCCACAGUGGAGGCUCCGGGGGCGCCAGCCUUGCCUCCUGCAAUGCCAGUCCCUACCGAAGCGGCAGUACCUCCGGAAGCGGUAGAGGCACCUGCGCCCACCACGCCUGGGGGAGUUACGGCAGCCGGGGCAUCUGUGCCAGGCGGAGGGGUGGAGCCUGCUGGGGCUACGGCACCUUCGGGGGCGGCGGCGGCGGCUCCGGGGACUUCAGGGUCUCCUAGAGCCGCGGCUGCCGCCAAGAAAACUACCCCCGGGGCUCACACGGGGGCUAUACCCAAGGCGGGCCCCGGGGCUGGAGCUGUGCCCAAAGGUGGGGCCAAGGGAAACAGAUCCCGACCUGGAGGCAAGGGUAAGGGCAAGAAAAACAAGGUUGAAGUGGACGAAUUGGGACUGGGCUUCCGUCCUGGGGAUGGGGCUGCAGCAGCUGCUGCAGCCUCCGCUAACGGGGGCCAGGCUUUCCUGGCAGAGGUCCCUGAUUCUGAGGAAGGGGAGUCUGGGUGGACUGACACAGAGUCAGAAUCGGACUCUGAGCCUGAGACCCAGCAAAGAGGGAGAGGGAAGAAGCCUGUUCCCAUGCAGAAGCGCCCCUUUCCUUAUGAAAUUGACGAGAUUCUGGGUGUCCGAGAUCUCAGGAAAGUCCUUACUCUGCUGCAGAAAUCAGAUGAUCCUUUUAUCCAACAGGUAGCUCUGCUCACCCUGAGCAACAAUGCCAAUUACACAUGCAACCAAGACACUAUUCGGAAAUUGGGAGGCCUCCCAAUUAUUGCAAACAUGAUCAAUAAAACCGAUCCCCACAUUAAGGAAAAAGCCUUAAUGGCCAUGAAUAACCUAAGUGAGAAUUACGAAAAUCAGGGACGGCUUCAGGUAUACAUGAAUAAAGUGAUGGAUGAUAUCAUGGCCUCUAACCUGAACUCAGCAGUACAGGUAGUUGGACUAAAAUUUUUAACCAACAUGACUAUUACUAAUGAUUACCAGCACCUGCUUGUCAACUCCAUUGCAAACUUUUUCCGUCUGUUAUCUCAGGGAGGUGGGAAAAUUAAGGUUGAGAUUUUGAAAAUACUUUCAAAUUUUGCUGAAAAUCCAGAUAUGUUAAAAAAACUGCUUAGUACCCAAGUACCAUCAUCAUUUAGCUCCCUCUAUAAUUCUUAUGUGGAAUCAGAAAUUCUUAUUAAUGCCCUUACUCUGUUUGAGAUCAUCUAUGAUAAUCUCCGGGCAGAAGUAUUUAACUACAGAGAAUUCAAUAAAGGUUCCCUUUUUUACUUAUGUACAACAUCUGGAGUGUGUGUUAAGAAAAUCCGGGCCUUAGCAGAUCACCAUGACCUCUUGGUGAAAGUGAAAGUUAUAAAACUAGUGGACAAAUUCUGAUUGGCUAUGUGCACGCAAAGAAUUUGAAGAAAUUUCUUGUUUUUGCAAUCUGGAAGCAAUGAAAAUUGAAAAUUACUUUUUUUCCAUAUAGUAAAGGGAUCCUUUCAGCUGCCAGUUUUGAAUAGUGUAUCAUCCAGAGUGAUGUUAUCUGUGACAGUCUCCAGCUUUAAGCUGAAUCAUUUUAUGAAUACCAAAUAAAUAGUCCUCUUGUACUGAAAACACAUUUGUGACUUUAAUCGUGCUGCUUAGAUGGAAAUAUUUUUACUGGUUCCUCUGAAUUAACAGCGAACCUGUCCUUCAUGAAUAGCCUAUACUUCUAUCAUUUGUUUUGACUUGAAUUUAUUCACCAAAGACUUCAUUUGUGUGUCAUCAAUAAAGUUGUAUGUUUUG